AUGUCAUCAUUAAAAGAAGGACAUCUUUCCAACGAUUCUUUACAUCUCAUCGUUACUAAUUGUCAAGAACCAAAACAUAAUUCAUUCAGAACUACACUACAAAAGAAAGAAGGUGAUGAAGUUUUUAAAUGCGAAAUUGAUGAAAGUACUGAUCAACAAACUUACUCAGUGACUGCCCUGUUGUAUUUACAUAAUGAUGGAACAUUUGAUUAUUCUUUGGAUGGAUAUUCUGCUAAUGAUGAAAUGGGUUCUACAAUUACAAAUUCAUUCUUUGGGGUGUGGAAUCUAGUGGACAAUUCUCUAACUCUUACUCCCGUCUACAAACACAAAUAUCUGAGUGAAGGUUGGGAAUUGAUAGACAACAAAUAUAUUGAAAUGCAUACAGUGAAUACCAAUAAUUAUGAUGGCAAUUCUAUUUUGGCAUGGAAUCCAAGUAACUACACAGACACUAUUACCUGUUUUUUAUAUAAGGAUAAGAAAGAAGUUGCCACUUUCAAAAAGUUCAGUCAACCAUAA